AGUCAACCCACUAGCCAUGACAUUCAAAGCACCAAUAAAGAUAAGGUUGGCCCGUUUUGGGAGAAGACAUCAACCCUUAUACAACAUAGUGGUGCUGAAUAGAUCGCAAGCACGUGACAGAGUCCCCUUGGAAGUUCUUGGAACCUUCAAUCCAGUGCCCAUUCCUUUGACACCAGCCGAAGCGGCCAAAGGUGAAAAACCAUACAAGCACAUAGAGUUGGACUUUGAUAGGGCCAAAUACUGGUUGGGUGUUGGUGCUGAUGUGAGUGAUAGAGUUGGGUUCUUGUUCAAGAGAGCAGGCUUGUUACCAGAGCAGUGGCCAAAUCCUAACAAGUUAACUCAACAAGUAUCUAAACAAGUUUUGAGAGAACAUGACACAGUUUUGGAAGAACCAAAGGAGUUAUACAGAAAGAGAUGAUUCAAAUGACAAGUAAUAUCAUAAUCAAAAUCAUAACACACAUAAAUACCUGUAAAUAUACAUAUCUAACUGGC